AUGGUCUCUCUAAAAACAGUCCAAACAUCCAACACCGGCCUUCGAGCCCUCCCCAACAUCACAGCCCUAUUUGUCGGAGGCACCAGCGGCAUCGGCCAAAGCACCCUGCGCCAACUGGCACGUCACGCCGACAGCCCUACAGCCUAUAUUGUCGGUCGCAACGAGGCUCGCGCGCGUCCGUUCCUAUCUGAACUGCAGCAAUUGAGUCCCAAGGGCCGAUUUCACUUUAUCGAGGCGGAUGUGUCCCUACUGCGCAAUGUGGACGCCGCAUGUCGGCCGAUCCUCCAGCAGGAGAAGCAGUUGAAUUUUCUGUUCAUGACACCGGGGGGGAUCUCUCUGGGAGGGCGAAAUGAAACCAUCGAAGGCAUAGACCACCUCUUCUCCCUCCGCUAUUACUCCCGCAUGCGCUUCAUCCAGAACCUCCUCCCUCUGCUCUCGUCAUCAUCAUCAUCCGGACCAAGCAGAGUCGUCAGCAUCUACGGCGGCGGCUUCGAGUACUCUAUCAACACCUCCGACCUCGACCUCAAGUACAACUUCUCCCUGCUCAAUGCCUACAAGCACUCUAUCACCAUGACCUCGCUCAGCAUGGAACACCUCGCCACCACCCACCCAGCCGUCAGCUUCAUCCACGCCUACCCCGGUCUGGUGGGCACAAACAUAUACAGCAAUAGCUUCCCUGUGCCGGUGUCGACGUUCUAUAAUUACGGACUGUGGCCGUUCAUGUGGCCGUUUUCUGUGGGUCUGGCUGAGAGUGGUGAGCGGCAUUUGUUCCAUUUGAGUUCGGCGCGAUAUCCUGCUCAACGAAGCGCUGGGUCGCGAGGGGUUCCGCUGGAUAUAGGCACUGGGGAUAUAGCGAAGGGUACGAACGGGAAAAUCGGGAGUGGUGCCUAUCUUCUGAAUUGGAAGGGCGAGGUUAGACCCAGCACCAAAGUGAUGGCGCGGUAUCAGGAAGAGAGGAUACCGGAGUUGGUUUGGGGUCAUACAGAGAGACUCAUGGAGGAGGCGGUGCGUCGAUAG